GGCGGCCGCGGCGCCGCGACCAGACCGCCGCCACCAUGGCCGUCACCCUCCCCGUCGUGCUCGCCCUCGCCGCGCUGUGCUGCGCCGCCGUCGCCGCCCUAGAGCCGGCCGCGGCCGCGUCCACCAUCGUCUCCUACCCCGAGAGCCACGACGGCAUCAAGGGCCAGAAAAACCAAGGUUGUGACAAGGGCUGCAUCUCCGGCGACGUGUGCCACAAGGCCGGGACAACCUGGGCCGACGACUCCAUCAAGAGCUGCAAGGUGUUCGUCUGCAACACCAAGAAGAGCAAGGAAGGCAAGCUGACGUACGACGUCGGCACCAAACGGUGCCCCAAGCUGCCCUCCCCAGGACAGACUUACAAGAAGGUGCCCGGUGAUCCCAAAAAGGCAUACCCGCAGUGUUGCCCUUACCUGGUCAAAAAGACGAGCAAAAAAAACUAAGGCCCGGUGCCCAGAGCUGCCCGCCGCCCAGGAGACCCACGAGAGGAUGCAGGGCAACGCCAGCGCCGCCUACCCCGCCUGCUGCGACUACCUCAAGCCCGUCCUCCAAUGAGAUGGCUGUGUGGAACGGGUGCUUCCAGAGAGAGAGGGGGAAGUCCCAUCCCCCCAGAGGCCACCGUGUCACUCGAGCACUAUCUCAACCUGACUGCGAUAAACCAGCGCGCCUGGAGCUGAGUGCUCGAUGCUCGCCCGGGUCACGCCGCCGUAGCUUUCAUUUCACGGUAAAAACGACGUCUUAUGGUUUCCAAGCGGCCAAGCAUCUCUCAUGGAAGAAAUACAUGGCAACGUCUUUACGGUUUUUCCAAAACCGGUAGAUAAACCAAAAAGUCCCUUUUAUGGUGUUUAAACAAGACACCAUCGUCAUCAUUACAACAGACACCGUGUUACCAUUUCCAAAAUUAAACAUGUUCUCAUUUA